GAGUUUUCAGCUUUUGAACUGAUUGAAGAUUUUUCUCAACAAAAAAAAAAAAGAAAAGAAAAAAAAAAGAAAAAUUAGAAACUACUAAUUUACUAUUCAAAAGUCGUAAUUUUCAGAAAAUUUUACUGCUUUUAAUUACUUGAUUUAGAGCCUUAAAAUUUUGUAGCUUUGAGAGAUAUCUUGCUGUUUUAGAAGUAGGAGCAGGAAAAUGAUUUUGCUGAAUUGUUUCUAAUGUUUUUUUUUUUUUUUCAUUUUUUGAUUUGGCUGAUUGGUGAACGGAGAUAAAAGAAGGAUUUGGGAUUUGAAUAUGACAUCCGACCAGUGUGUUGCAUGUGGCUUGAGUGCUGGUUGAAACAAAUCAAAGGAAUGUCAGAUUUGCAGUUAUACGAGCUUGAAGAUAUAUCUUGGGAUGAGUUCUGCCACAGCGAUGAUCAUAUAGUGCCACAUCCAAGUAGUGCACACACCGAUGAACCACUCUCCCAGAAUGAUAGCCGUAAGAAACCUCGCCAUGAAGUAAUUAGUUUAACAAGUAACAUAGGCGAUCAAUCUACUGGUAAAUAUGCUAAUCAGCAAAACGAGCAAAUACUUCCUCUAUUGAGUAAUAAAAACACCAAAAUGCUGGAAAAGGACCUCUGGGCCGAUGCACCUGAUGGUGCCAAAGUCGAAGAUGUUUCACCAGCUGAAAAUACCAGGACAUCCAGUCGUUGCAUCGAGAGUAAUAAUGUAAACUCAAUUGAGAGCAAGUCCUGUCCUAAUGGUCGCCCUCUGGAUAACAAGAAUGCUGCUGUGGGGGGAAACACAUAUAGCUAUCCAGUUGGUCCCAUUCCUCAGGCUGAUGAUGAUCUCAGCUUUUUGGACAAUAGUUGCGAGGGUAAAGACUCUAAUGAUCUCUUAUACUAUAGCUGGCCUGAGAUAGAGAAUUUUGAUGAUGUUGACAGGAUGUUCAGGAGUUGUGAUUCAACAUUUGGAUUUGGACCUGGUAGUGAAGAUGACCUAGGUUGGCUUUCAUCAUCAGAUGUCAUUGAUGGAUCUGGAGAUGGAUUGACGUCAGCUUUUAAGUUUCCAUGUCCAGCAUCCACUGCACUUGGAAGUACAUUUGCAAGUCAUGAAACUUCAAAGCUAAAGGAAACAAACAUUUCAACUAAUACUUCUGUCACUAAAAAUCAAUCACUUGGCUAUAANUCCAGCGGAUCAUUGAUUAGCGAGGGAACAAACAAGUCCACAGGAUAUAUGGACAUCGAAACAGACACGAACCCUAUAGAUCGAUCUAUUGCACAUUUGCUGUUCCACAGGCCUUCAGAUUCAUCUGUAACCCCUGCCCGUGACUCCUUGACUUUGAAGUCGCCUUCCUUGGUAGGUUUCUCUUACUUCCAAUAUUCAUAUUUAACUGUCUGCAAGAUGAAAUCUUAUCCUCAAAAGAAUCAAUGGCAGAUUCAUAGGUCAUUGUCUAGCUCGCCAGUGAUGGGUGAGAACUUGAUUUCUCAUGGAGAAAUUGCACCUCAAACAGAUAGAACUGAUCAUUGA